AUGCGCGAUGAACCUUUCGAUAUAUUGACCUUAAAUGAAACUAGAUUAGACAGUACUUUCCUAGACUGUGAAGUACAGAUACCUGGUUAUGAUAUUGUCAGAUCUGACCGAAACAGACAUGGGGGAGGGGUAGCUAUAUAUAUAAGGACUAUCAUUCCAUAUAUCGUACGUGAAGAUUUAUUACAAGAUACUCUCGAAUUGCUUUGUAUUGAAGUUAGAAAACCUAAAAGUAAACCAGUGCUUAUUUCAACUUGGUAUCGACCACCGAGUGCAAAAAUUGAAUUAUUCCAAAAGUUCGAAAACUUCUUGAAGCAGAUUGAUAAUGAAGACAAAGAUAUUAUCAUAACCGGGGAUCUUAAUUGUAAUUUUAUUGAGCACACUCAAAACCAAGCUACUUCUAAGUUAAUUGAUAUUAUUGAUAUUUUCCAACUGCAGCAACACAUACAAACCCCUACUAGAACUACUUAUAAUUCUUCGUCUCUGAUUGAUUUAAUUCUUACACAUAUCAACGAUGAUAAAACCUUAGAAGCCGGGGUUGUUGACCUUGGGAUUAGUGACCAUAGUCUUGUUUACAUAUGUCGGAAAAUUAGCAUUCCUAAAGAGCCACGACAGUUCAAAAAUUACAACUCCCACCAAUUUAAAGAAGAGCUAAGCUACUAUACUAAUCUAGAUCCCACAUCGAAUGAUCCAAAUGUGCUAUGGAAUGAAUCUAAGAACAACUUUCUUACUAUUGCUGAAAAACACGCGCCAGUUAGACAGCGUCGCGUUAAGAGUGAGCAUAAACCAUGGCUGACGAAAGAAAUAAAGCGUUUAAUGCACCAUAGGGAUUAUCUUAAAAGACAGAGUGUUCGUUUAACAUCGAGUAAUUAUAACGAGGCCUACAAAAGAUGCAAGAAUAAAUUAAAUAAGCUUAUUAAAAAUACUAAGGAAGAAUACUUUAAAACGAAGUUAUCUAAUGCAAAUAAUAGCAAAGAAGUUGGCAGGCUAUUAAUGAGCUUUUAA